ACCUCAAACAAAACCCUGAAGUGAAACCUAAAAAACGACAGGGUAUCACCGAGGGCACCGUCGUGUCUUAAAGGAACCCUUCUCUUCCAUCGUUCACUGCGCCGCCCCUACUUCUUUCACUUUGCAAACCAAACGACGUCCUUCUUCGUGUCGUCGCAGCCUCCACCGUUGAACCCCUGCACCUCGAAACGACACCACCGGAACAGAACCCUAAAAUUUUGGUCCAACGAUGGAGCACGGUGGCGAGCUCGUAUGGCAACUUAUCAGGCACGGUCAUUGCAGUUUUAUGGCCAAAAUUACGACGGGGAAUUUUUGUAGAAACCCUUACAACGUGACUGGGGUUUGUAACCGAAGUUCUUGCCCUUUGGCUAAUAAUCGCUAUGCCACCAUUCGAGAGGACAAUGGAGUGUUUUACCUUUACAUGAAAACCAUAGAAAGGGCUCAUAUACCAAAAGAUAUGUGGGAAAAAGUAAAGUUGCCUAGGAAUUACGAGAAGGCACUUGAAGUCAUAGACAAACAUCUGAUGUAUUGGCCCAAACUUUUGAUACACAAGAUAAAGCAACGCUUGACCAAAAUGACCCAGAUGCGGAUACGUAUGAGGAAACUUGCUUUGAAGACAAGGGAGAAAAUAAUGACAACUCCAAGGAAAGAGAAGAAGAGAGAGGCUCGAAGAGAAGAGAAGGCUGAAAAAGCAGCUUUAUUAGAGAAGUCUAUCGAAAAAGAGCUAUUGGAACGCCUUCAAAAAGGUGUUUAUCAACAAAGUGAUAUAUACAAUUAUCCUCUUGAAGAGUACAAUAAAGUUCUUGAUAUGGAGAAACUUAAAGCUGCUGAUGAAGAGGAGGAUGAAGAGGAACCAGAGAUAGAGUAUGUAGAAGGUUAUGAUGAACUAGAAGAGGAAGAAGACAUGGAGGAUUUUGGUGGUUUUGCAACUUUUAAGUCUCAGGGUGAUUAUGAUGAUGAUGAAAAUGAUGGGAGUGCUGAUGAUGAGGAGGCAGAACCAGUUGAUCAGAGUAGAGCUAAAAGGAAAAUGGCUUUAGCUUCAAAGAGAGUUGAGAAGAAGGGCCUUGAUUCUAAAUCAAAGAAGCCAAGGGUCAUUGUUGAGGUUGAGCGGGAGGAUGCUGGUGAAAGACAGAGGGUGGUACAGUAGUUGCAUUUGCUGUUACGGGUAGGAGAGAAAAAUUUUGAUUGUUGAGUCUUCUAAUUUUUGUCCAGCUUUUACAAUUAUAUAUACUUCUCUUUUUUCCUUUUCAAUUUAUUUCUUGUUCUGAAGAAGGUAGUUCUGGCAAAUGCCAUAAAAAUGUGGUCUAGGGUGAUUACGAUAGAGCCGGAGGCAUCUCAAUCCUGCAUUGAUUUAGCAUUAAACUGCGACUGAUAAUUUUCUUGUGUCACGCGGCUCUGCCAGUUUAUGGAGUCCAUUGUAAGAUUUUGAAAAAAUUAAGCACUCCAAUGUAUUUUUAAUUCAACUGAUUUUCACUUGCAUA